UAAGGCAACUCGUAUGACAGCCGAACUGACACCACUUCCUUCUUUUACUCCUACCGCCAUGUCCAAGUCUGACCUCAAUCCAAGGACGACACAUUACGAGUUUUUUGGUCCGCCUGGAGCGCUCUUCGUUACUCUCACCGUCCCCAUUAUCACCUAUGCUCUCUACUUUGGCUGCGCUGAAGAAUCAGGAGGCUGCCCACCAACCUUGGCUACCAUCCCUGAUCGCGUAACUCUCGCUGUAUCAAGUCCGGAAUGGUGGAAAGGUCUCUGGGAUACCGAAGCCGCCUGCAUCUACAUCGCCUGGUACGCGUUUUGUGUCGUCGCGUGGGCCGUGCUGCCAGGUGAUCAGAUCGAGGGGGUCACUUUACGCACCGGGGAGAAGAAAAAAUAUAAAAUUAAUGCAUUUUCAACUUUCCUGUUGGCACUGGGCAUUACGGCCGGCAUUAUACAGAAGUAUGGUCCCGAAGCGUUCACAUUUUUCUACGACAAAUGGGUCGGCUUCGUCACCGCAUCUCUCCUGAUGUCUGUUAUUCAAGGCAUCUACGUAUACGCCAUGUCUUUCCGCCAAGGCAAACUUUUGGCGUUAGGAGGAAACUCGGGCAACUUUAUUUACGACUUUUUCAUUGGCCGCGAACUCAAUCCUUCCAUUGGCUCCUUUGACAUCAAAUCCUUCAACGAGCUCCGCCCCGGACUUAUAUUAUGGACUUUGAUUGACAUUGGCAUGGUGUGCGAACAGGCUGUCCGGAGGGGAGGCUUUGGUCGCGUCACAGAUUCCAUGUGGCUAGUCCUUCUUUUUCAAGGCUGGUAUGUUGUCGAUGGCCUAUAUAAUGAGCCCGCCAUUUUUACAACUAUGGAUAUCACUACCGACGGUUUUGGUUUUAUGCUCUCAGUCGGAGAUCUUGCGUGGGUCCCAUUCACAUACUCUCUGCAAGCAAGAUAUCUUGCAUUCAAGCCGCUUGAACUUGGCCCCUUCUUAACCGCCGCUGUCGUUCUGGUCAACGCGACCGGCUACUACAUCUUCCGAACAGCUAAUGGUGAGAAGAAUGACUUCCGUAAUGGAAAGAACCCCAAAAAUCUCCAAUAUUUUACUACUGCCUCCGGUUCUAAAUUACUGACUUCCGGAUGGUGGGGUCGCUCACGACACCCCAACUAUUUUGGUGAUCUUCUCAUGGCUUUGGCCUGGUCGCUGCCUACAGGAUUCGAAACACCUAUCACAUACUUCUAUGUCUCUUAUUUCACGGUCUUGUUGAUCCACCGCCAACUCCGGGACGAUGAGAAUUGCAAGAAAAAAUACGGAGAUGACUGGGAAAAAUAUAAGAAAAUGGUUCCUUAUCGCAUCAUACCGUAUGUUUACUGAGUGUACGGGUACGCUGAGAGACGUUUAACUUGUUUUGGGGUCCUAUCUUCCUUUCAAAUAGUGUAUAAAUAUUGCUCUUGACGAACAUUUGACGGAGAUGUAAAACCUUUAUCCUGUAAAUACUCACGUAGGCACGAAUUGGAGGCUGCCAGCGAAUGCUGUCCGAGAACAUGGACGUUCUGAGAUGAUGGAGCUUGCGACGGCAGCGCACAGCCGGCUGAAUUGAAUGCUUUUCAUUGGG